GUUUAAACAUGAUUCAAAUCAAUUGUACUUUUAUAUUUCAGAGCUGAGAAGACAGAGGUGUUGAGUGAGGACCUUUUGCAGAUCGAGAAACGUAUGGAUGCAAUAAGAAUAAUUUCACACAAUGCCCACAAGAGACUUGCUGCAUGCUUGCAGGUUCAGCAAGGCGUAGAAGUGGAGAAAAGACAAAAAAAGUUGCCAUUGAUGGCUCUCUCCCAAAGCAUGCAGGAAGGAAUUGCCUUAAUAGGGGAUGACUCUCUCAUUACGAAAUUGCUGGAAACAUGUAGUGAAGCAGAACAUAAGCUGGCGUUUGAGCUUGCCUCCUAUGAAUCUCAAAUUGAGAGAGAGAUCCUUGAGCCAUUCAAUAACUUGGCAGAAAUGGAGAUUCCUAACAUUCAAAAACAGAGGAAGCAAUUGGCUAAAUUAGUACUAGACUGGGACUCGGCAAAAAUGCGGUAUAAUCAAGCAAACAAAGCUGCAUUUUCAGGAGGCAAUUUCCCAGCAGUAGCAGCAAAAGUUGACUCACUGAGGGAGGAAAUGGAUGAAGCUGGAAAUAAAGUUGAGCUGUGUAAG